AUGCUUCAGGCACUUGUAAGCGCGCAUUCGAAGUGUUUUUGUGAAAUUCCGUUAUUUGUAUAUCCUCUUCUCCACACCGUAUUCAUCCCUCCAACCGCUUCUUCUUCUCCUCCGUACGCCCGUGAUGACGUGGCAAUGGACGGAGAAUCAGGAGAUUCAGUCUCUCCGUUGUGUGACUUUAAUUUCUAUCGGCAUCACUGUAACUGUUCUGAUACUUGGAUUAGUUGGCGGCGUCGUUCUGUUCUCGAAGACUUAUACAUUUCAGAAUCCACGGGGGGUUUUUUCCAGUUAGCAAUUGAGAAAGGUGUUGCAAGCAGACGAAAAAGGCAAUUUUUCCUGGAUUACUGUAGCGAUGUAUCCCAGUGUGGAGCGCCAACGAACUGUGGACAAGAAAUCGGAUGCACCGUGCAUGCCGUUCAUCAAUCAACUGGAUGUGCAGAUACUGGAUGCUCACAUCCAAUUCAGCCAGUUCAGCAGCCAGUGGAAGUACAACAGAUUAGGCAAGAACGUAUCUGCAUCUUCGGCCCUCCUGGCCCUCCUGGCUUCCCGGGACCAGAUGGUUUAGACGGAGAGGAUGGAUCUGAAGGAUUCCCAGGCACUCCUGGUGCGAAUGUACCCGAACGCAUACUUCCCGAGAUUGACGACUUCUGUUUUGAUUGCCCGCCGGCGAAGAGAGGUCCACCAGGGCCGCGUGGACCAAAGGGUCUUCGUGGUUUGCCUGGGCCGAUUGGAAACUCAGAUUUCUACGUGACUGCAGGUCCUCCUGGACCCCCGGGCCCUCCUGGACCACCUGGUGAGCCGGGAAUUCAUGGGUCAAGAGGACCACCUGGGGAUCCUGGAGUAUCUAUUCAAGGACAUAAAACUGUGGAAGGUCCUGCAGGAGCUCCUGGCCCGCCCGGUCCGAUUGGUGUUCCAGGUCAGAGAGGAGCUGAUGGUUCUACACGUCACGGUGUCGCAGGACCACCAGGAAAUCGGGGAGCGAAAGGUGCAAAAGGACGAGACGGCGGCAGAGGUGCUCCAGGUGCAAUGGGACCAGCUGGACCGGCUGGUGAAUGCUCCGCUUGCCCGAUUCCACGCGUUUCUCCUGGCUAUUGA